AAAGACUCCUCUCAAGUGCUUAUUGCUCUCCAGUGAGCUCAUCAUCGUCCACGUUCUCCUCGCGCCUCCUAUCGGCGUUUACUACACUGGAGAACCGUAAAUAUUUGCUGUACCACCAUGAAUAGAGACCAAGAAAGCAGGAGGUCACCGUCUCCAUGGUCUAACGGUCAGUCUCGUGGACAGCCUCUGGGCCUCUCCGUCGAUGCACGCAACGGCAAAGCCCCAUCCCAGUCGACAGGCUCGAGCACAAGCCCAUAUUCCGCCCCUCCCACCAAUGCUGCUCGCCUCCCUGACCGACCCCAAAUCCCUACGAGAUCAUCCACCGUCGGCUCGAGUGAGCCUGAUCGCAAUACCGCACCAAAGGAGAGUAGACCAACAGCUCGUAGUGAAGAUCUCAACCAUUCAACCAGCUCACGACCUGCUCCUGGGUUCUUGAGAACGAGUCGUUCUUCCACCCCUGCCGGAUCAAGCUCGACCAGGCCGCAUCCACCAUCAUCUUCAGGGCACUCCGACGAUUCUACCCACUACACCAGUGAAAAGCGUAGGAGCGUUGCAUCCUUUUCCUCAGCUCGCUCGACCUCGUCGACCUCCGAAAGGGCUCUCCCUCCUUCGUCUAGCGCUUCCUCCACCACAAACACAUCCACGGCCAUGGUCACAGUUUCUGCGACAUGCUCGUCAUGUGGUAAAGUAAUGCAGGGGCCGUUUGUUCGUGCGCUGGGAACCGUCUUCCACUUGAACUGUUUCAAGUGCAUGGACUGUGGCGAUGUUGUGGCUUCCAAAUUCUUCCCUAUCGAAGGUCCAGAGGGGAAACAGCAGCCUCUGUGCGAGCGAGAUUACUUCCGGCGGCUCAAUCUCAUAUGCGCGAAAUGUGGGAUGGCCCUGAGAGGCAGCUACAUCACCGCAUGCAACAAGAAAUAUCAUGUCGAGCAUUUUACAUGUUCGUUAUGUCCCACUUUAUUUGGACCCCAGGAUUCGUACUACGAGCACGACGGUGAUGUCUACUGCCAUUUCCACUAUUCAACCCGCUUCGCAACCAAGUGCGCCGGAUGUAACAGCGCGAUCUUGAAGCAAUUUGUGGAGAUCAACAGGAAUAUGCGGGAUGAAUGUUGGCAUCCAGAGUGUUACAUGAUCAACAAGUUCUGGAACGUUAAAGUAGCAUCGAGACGACCAAAUAGUACAGCGUCGUUGGAUGGAGAUGAAGCAUACAUAGAAGAUGAGCAGCGGGAGACACCUACAUCACUGAAAGAUAAACAGAUUAGAAUGGAGCAGCAGGUGUAUAGGAUAUGGACGGUCCUCUCUGCAUUUGAAGAGAGUAGUGCAGCCUGUAUCUCAGACAUGCUUCGCCAAGUGAGCAACGGGCAGUACCUCGAGGCAAUACGGAUGGCUGAGAAAUUCAUACUGCACGUUGAAGUCCUUUUCGGAACUAUUGACGACUUGGAAUAUCAAUUUGCCCGAUUAAAUAUGAAAGGCAUGUCCCACGUUCGUGAAGCUCGGAUGCUUUGUCGGAAAACGGUGGAACUUUUUACACUGCUGUCACACACACAAGAGACUGGUACUCGAAGGAUGGGGAUGACGCAAGAGCUCUUAGCCCUCGUGACGGGUCUCGCGCAUUACUUGAAGAUUCUAAUACGCAUAGCGCUCACCGGUGCAUUAAAAUUGGAGCGUGAAGGCAGCGUGCGAGAGGCCAUGUCGUCGUUCUUGGACAAGUUGCAUCUGCUGGCUGUGCAGGGAGGUAAUCCAAGUGCGAGGAGGGUCAUAAAAGGUCAUAAUGGAGAGGCGCUGGCCGUCGUUAAUGGCGGAGGCAAUGCGGGCACACAGGGUGUGACAUAUGGUUUUAGGAGUCUUGCGCCUGAGAAUGCGGGCGAAUCACCAUUCUCUAGUUCUGGUUCUGGAGGGAGCGGUAUGGGUCUAGGGUCGCUAAACUCGAACCAUCCUCCAUCGGAUCUUUGCGUCAAGUGUAGUCAGACGGUCGAGGAGGACUGCGUGAGGCUUGGAACUUACCAGAGAUGGCAUUCACAGUGCGUGCAGUGUGCCAAGUGUGGGAGAGUGGCGGCAGUUCCAAUACUGAAGGAACGGUCAAAUACCGUGGACGAGAAGCAGCUCGAAUCCGCGAAGGAAGGGCAACCGAAAUUGUCGACUGCACGGAGACCGCCGGCUAACGUCGCUCUCUUCGUAUAUGAAGUGGACUCCAAGAAAGACACAGCAUCAUUUGGAGAAGUUCCAACAUUUAUACUGUGUACAGAGCACGCCCAUGCAGGAUGUCGAGGGGGGUUCCAAGCCGUGCAGAGACUAGAGCAGUAUGCGUUCCUCUUGAAUGUAGCGCUGCGGAGAUUAUAUCUGCUACUGAAGAGACAGGGUGUCGUUCCACUAUCUCCUGAAACCGCUACGAAUUCCAGUUCUGGCAAAUCAGGGGAGAUAGAUCCCUAUCGAAACUCUGCUGACAUUAUGCGGAUGAAAUCUGUGCAUCUCGACCGAAAACUCUCAGCAACGGCUCGACUUCCCAAAAGAUCGACUAUUGUGGAAAGUCCUGCCGGUCGGAGUGUGCAUCCGUCCGAUGUACUCAGCUCGCAAAAGUCCCAGGAGGUGCACGCUCAUUCACAUCCACAUCACUCACAUUCGCACACGCAAGGACCACAGCAUGGUCAAGUGAGCUCGUCGGCACAAGGCAGAUCACCACCGCAGACAUAUCAAGCACCAUCAUCACUGCCCGCCAAUAACCGGCUGCAUGUGGGGCAUCUACCCACAGACGCCCAAGGGCAAAUCUUGCGGCCUGCGUUUGCCAGGAAUAAUACUGAGGUGAUGAUUGUGGAUGAAAGCGCUCCGAAUUCGCCAGCAUUGGGUGACGAGGCGGGCAAUAUGCAAGACCGCAUUCCAACGCGGGAUGACGGUAUAACACUUGCUGAUAUUCCACAGUUGAUGGAGGCUGCCCAAGCAAGGGAACAACAGCGGUCAUUGCCGAGGCAGAGUUCGAUACCGUACAUCGCGGAAUUGAGUGCUCUCGAAUUAGCAAUUGUCAAGCAUAGCGCAGUACUUGCUCUUAUACGAUCUCCGCUGAAAGAUCACAUUGAGCUGGAUGAGUUAUUGGAGAUGGUGGAGACGAAGAAGAGCGGGUUCUGGAAUAAACUGUUUAAGGGUGAUAAGAAGAAUGUUAAGAAGAAAGGUGUAUUUGGCGUUCCUUUGGAGUUGCUUGUGCAGGGAGAGGGCUCGGACUCUUUAUUGGGAGCGUCGAGAGCUACCCUGAGGGUGCCGAGUUUUAUUGACGAUGUUAUAUCUGCUAUGAGACAAAUGGAUAUGUCGGUCGAGGGAAUCUUCCGAAAGAAUGGCAACAUUCGGCGCUUAAAGGAGUUAACAGAGGCUAUCGACAAGGAUCCCUCGUCCGUAGAUCUCACGACGGACAAUCCUGUCCAGCUUGCAGCCCUGCUCAAGAAAUUCUUGCGAGAUCUACCCGAUCCCCUGAUGACCUACAAGCUACACAAAGCUUUGGUGGCUUCACAAGCGCUUCCAAAUGAGGCAGACCGGAAGCGGCUUCUUCAUAUGCUGUCCAUCAUCAUGCCGAAGAGCCAUCGGGAUACAAUGGAAGUCCUCUUCGUGUUCCUGAAAUGGGUAGCAUCAUUUGCUCAUAUGGACGCUGAGACGGGGAGCAAGAUGGAUCUAAGCAAUCUGGCAACGGUGAUCUGCCCAAGUAUAUUGUACUCUCGAGGCCGGGAUGCCGUACGCGAUGAGAGUUUCGGAGCCAUUCGAGUGGUCACGGCUCUCUUGGAGAACCAAGACGAAUUCUUCACUGUUCCUCAAGAAUUCCUACCCAUCCUGCAUGAUCAGGAAUACUUCGCAAACUUGAUGGAGCUUCCCGGCAAGGAAUUCAUGAAGAAAUGUGAUAUGUAUCAACGAGUUAAGGCGGUUAAUGGACGGACGCCAGCACUCAUGUACAACGUCCCUAACGGGAGCACUCCACCUUUCCCUCAGCCGACCUCCCCAACAUUACAGGAGCGGCCCAAUUUAGGCUUGUCAAUGCCGCAAAAUGGCGCACGGCCUCAUCCUGGGCCCGGGCGCGAUCCAGAACCCGCAAAGGAACCAGGAGCAGGUAGAUGACUGGCCAAGUACUCCCCGACCGAUUAAUGCACCACCAAGGCCGGGAUCACGACCUUCGUCAUUUACGCAGGCCCGGCCGAGCGCAGAC